AUGGCUUACAUGAGUCCCUCUGACAAGUCCCCAGCUCAGGUCAAACAUAACCAUGUAGAUCCUGCACAGGCUACCAAUCCAUCAAUCCGUCUUCAUUGUUGGCAGCCAUUGAUACGCCUUCCUGUUGGGCUCCGUUCUGUUGCACCAAGCAUAGAUGAAAAAGUAGAUCUUCACUUUAUUGCGUUAGUUAACGUAGGCGGUCAUCUCUAUGAAUUAGAUGGGCGCAAACCUUUUCCAAUAAACCAUGGACAAACUAGUGAUGACACUUUUUUAGAGGCUGCAGUAGAAGUUUGCAAGAAGUUCAUGGAACGUGACCCAGAAGAAUUAAGAUUUAAUGCAAUUGCUCUGUCUGCAGCUUAAUUAUCCCAUUUGGAAAAGCUGCACCACUAAUAUAUUGUAACAAAAUAAAAAUAUUGCCAUAUAUUAUGUAUGACUUUUGAUACUUUCACUAACAUGUUGAUGAAUUUGAGCAUAUGGUGGAUUAAAUCUUGAAUUAGUCUUUA